AAAACAUUACGAAAAAUUGUUUUAACGCAUUCACGAAAUCUUCUAACAUAAACAUCGAACUAAAAAUUUACGCAAAAUGAAUCGAUUCCUUUGCUUCUUUGCUGCUAUUCUGGUUGUUGCCAAUGGCUACGCUACUGGCGGAGGCGCGGGCGGUCAGUGGGGCUCCGGCGGUGGUGGUGGCAGUGGCGGUAGCGGCCAGGGUCAGUAUGGCUCAGGCGGUAGCGGUGGUGGAAGAAGCGUGAUCGCCGGACGUGCCUAUCGGAUUCAGCCAGCUGCUUCAGUGCAAACAGUCUCUGCGAUUGGUGGUGGUGGCGCUGCCUCAGGUGGUUACGGUGGUUCAUCAGGAGGCUCAUCAGGAAGCUUAUCAGGAGGCUAUGGUGGCUCUUCAGGAGGCUAUGGUGGCUCUUCAGGCGGCUAUGGAGGCUCAUCUGCAGGUUCCUCUGUUGAUAUUAGGAGCUUGCUUGCCGCCCUUGGUGGUGAAAUCUCUGCGCAACAAGCGGCUAGGCUCGCACUGUCACUGCCAUCCGCUGGACGCCCGCUGGUUGACACCACAGGCCUUACUGCCAAUAGCGGCAAUAGUGGUUAUGGUGCUGGUAACGGAGGAAAUCUUGCUUAUGUUGUUAAAUCGAGUGGUGGCUCGUCUAACAGUGCUCCCGCUGCAGCUUACAGCGCUCCUGCUCCUGUUCUUUAUAACGCUCUUCCAGCUGCCCCAGCUGCAAGUGCUAGAUACGGAUCCUCAGCACCCGCUGCAGCUCAAAUUUCUUCCGCCGCUGCUGCUGGCAGCUACAUCUCAGAUAGGAGCGACAGUGCAGCACUCGCAGCUGGCUACUAAGCAAAAUUUGUGAUAUUAAAUAUUUUCACUGAUUUAAAUGUUCGAGUUUGAAUACAGAAUAAAAUGUGAUAUUUCGAACAAAGAAAAAAACA